UGAAGUCUGUUUAGGCAAAGGAACCAGUUGGUGCUUCCAUAUAUAGGGCUCUUUAUCAUUCAGUUGAGGCAGAGGAGGAAGAUUUCUGACGAGCGCAGUAGCCUGAAAAGCAGCCUUUCAGAACAGCUGAGACGUGCACAGCAAUCAUGAGUGAGACCACAAAGAACUCCUUGGAGAGCAGCCUAUGGCGACUAAAAUGUCAUUUUACCUGGAACUUGGUCGCCAGAGGAGAUUCCUUGGAUGAUUUUGAAGACAGAGUGUGUAACCAGGUUGAGUUUCAAAACAGUGAAUUCAAAGCCACAAUGUGCAACAUACUGGCCUACAUAAAACACUGCAGAGGCCAACACGAGGCCGCCCUGGAAUGCUUACGGCAAGCUGAAGAGUUAAUCCAGCAAGAGCACAAGGACCAGGCAGAAGUCAGAAGUCUGGUCACCUGGGGAAACUAUGCCUGGGUCUACUACCACCUGGGAAGACUCUCAGAAGCUAAGUUUUAUUUAGACAAGGUGAAACAAGUGUGUAUGAAGUUUUCCAGCCCCUACAGGAUUGAGAGUCCUGAGAUGGAUUGUGAAGAAGGGUGGACACGGUUAAAGUGUGGACCAACCCAAAAUGAAAGGGCGAAGGUGUGUUUUGAGAAGUCUCUGGAAAAGAAUCCCAAGGAUCCAGAUUCCACCACUGGACUGGCCAUCGUAAGCUACCGUCUGGGUAAAUGGCCACAGCCUCAGAAUCCCGUUGACCCUCUGAGGCAAGCCAUUCAGCUGAAUCCUAACAAUCAGUAUGUCAAAGUCCUCCUGGCUCUGAAACUUCAAAAGAUGAACAAAGAAGCCGAAGCUGAGACAUUAGUUGAAGAAGCUUUGGAGAAAGCCCCACUGGCAACAGAUGUGCUUCGUGCGGCAGCAAGGCUGUACCGAAGAAAAGGUGACCUGGACCAAGCUAUAGAACUCCUCAGAAAGGCUCUAAAAUACAUGCCAAACAACCCCUACCUGCAUUGCCAUAUUGGGUGCUUCUAUAGGGCAAAAGUCCUGGAAAUACAGAAUAUGGAAGAGAAUGAAAUGUAUGGAAAAAGAGAGAAGUUACAGGAACUAAUAAGACAUGCUCUGGAUCAUUUAAAGAGAGCUGAUGAGAUCAAUGGCAAUCUCUCCCGUGUCUGUUCCUAUCUUGCCUGCCUCUAUGCAUGGGUCGGUCAGUAUGAAGAAGCAGAGCAUUACUUUCAAAAAGAAUUCAGCAAAGUGCUUCCUCCUGUAGCCAAACAGGUGCUCCAUCUGCGAUAUGGCAACUUUCAGUGGUAUCAAAUGAAAUGUGAAGACAAGGCCAUCCACUCCUUUAUAGAGGGCAUGAAAAUAAACCAGGAAUCAAAGGAGAGAGAAAAGAUAAAACUCAAACUGAAAAACAUUGCCCAAACCAGGCUUUCUAAAAAUGGAGCAGACUCUGAGGCUUUGCAUCUCUUGGAGUUUCUUCAAGAGCUGAAUGGAGAAAUGCAGCCAGCAGAGGACAACUCUGAGAGGGAUCUGGACUCUGGAAACCUCAUCACUUCGGCAUCUUUAGCUGAGAAAUGAGGAAUCAGAAUGUGGUACCCACAGGGCUACUGCUGGAAUGGAGCUGAAUUCAACCCCUCCACCAAGCUGGCAUUCAAAAUAUUUAACAACUGGUAUGGCCUAGGCAUGGACUAAGACACUGGCCACAGUACUGGGUUAGGGUUACGGAAGAAUUCUGUUGGCCAAGUGUUAACAUUUGAAUCACUCAAGGAGUUCUGGGAAAGGGUCUAGAUUAGGGGGUAGGUCCUGGGACCCUGGUAAAGAGGCUAUUUCUCAAUUGACCUCUUGGGAGCAGUUUGCACCGUGACAUUCCCUUAUGGGGAGAUGCCUUGGGUUUGUUAUUACGUUUCUAUAAAGCAGCCAGAUACAUCACAUCUGUAACACUGUGGCCCAUUUCUGUAAUGUUUUCCCAUCUUCAGAGUCAUUUUUAGAUCCUAUACAGGUUGGCCCUGUGUUGGAGUUCAGGGCAGGCUGCCCUAAAAUAUACCAGAGCGGCAUAAAGUUAUUUGAGAGACAGCCAGUGCAGAAGAACACUCUGACCCUCCUCUGAAAGCAGAAAAUAAAUCUCAUAUGGGAAAAGUACCAUCCCUGCAUUAGGAGGUAAAGAGACAUCCUUACUGCCAGAAACAGGGAACUCAGGACUGAGAAGUCUAUGUAAAUCAACUCUGCUUAGACUCUCCACUAACUAGUACCCAAGCCUAAGUUUCUGUCUUGUCCAUUCCUCACACAUUUAUUAUUUCUUUGUCUAAAAGGUAUAAAGCUGGGCAGUUUGGUCACUUCUUCGGCUGUAUCUGUGAGACCUCCAUACCAAUGAAAUUAAAUCUGAUUUUCUCCUGUUUA